AUGGAGGUGCAUUAUCUCGUGUUUGUUUUGAGUGUUUUAUGGCACGGCACCGACGCGAUCAUGUGGAGCCUCGCGCCCAACACACAAAAGUGUUUGAAGGAGGAACUCCACGCUAACGUGCUCGUGGCAGGAGAAUACGAAGUCACAGAAGUUACCGGACAGAGAGUUGACUAUAUCAUUCGUGACUCCAAAGACCACAUAUUGUCACAAAGAGAUUCCAUAUCCAAAGGGAAAUUCACAUUUGUGACAGAAACUUACGACACAUUUGAAGUCUGUUUCAUAUCUAAAGUUCCUCCAGAACGCCGUGGCGUCUCACAGGAUGUAAUGCUGGAUAUCAAAAUCGGAAUUGAAGCUAAAAAUUAUGAAGGCAUUGGUGAAGCAGCAAAACUGAAGCCAAUGGAACUGGAACUGAAGAGAUUAGAAGACCUGUCAGAAGCUAUAGUCCAAGACUUCACAUUGAUGAGAAAGAGAGAGGAAGAGAUGAGAGACACCAAUGAGUCCACAAACAACCGUGUACUAUUCUUCAGUUUAUUCUCAAUGGCAUGUCUCUUGGGUCUCGCCACGUGGCAGGUUCUCUACUUACGCCGGUAUUUUAAGGCCAAAAAGCUUAUUGAAUAG